AUGUUUGCAACAAUGCUGAAGAUACUUUCUGUUCUAACCACCCUUCCAGGUCUUGCUGUCAGCAGCAUCGUGGUGACUGUUCCACAGAAGAUAGUGAAUGUCACUACAGGCGGAAAUGCAACUCUCCUCUGCACAUAUACGAGCUCUGAGCUGCUGGGAAAUUUCUUCGUUCAGUGGAGUUUUUACAGUGCCAGAGAGAGCCAACUGCAUACAAUCUAUUAUUAUUCAGGAGGGGAGUCUUAUUCCUAUGGAGAAUUUAAGAACAGGAUCAAAGCUGCAACAGGUCCAGGGAAUGCCUCAAUAACAAUCUUCAACAUGCAGCCCUCUGAAACUGGUUCUUACACCUGCGAAGUUUUCAGUCCGCAAGGUGAUGCUGGACAGAGUCAAAAAUCAGUGAUUGUCAAUGUGCUGGUCAAACCAUCAAAGCCCUUCUGCAAAAUAGAGGGAACACCUGAGAAAGGCCAUCUAAUCUCUCUCUCAUGCAAAUGUGAAGAAGGAUUGCCUCAUCCUACUUACCGCUGGUAUAUAGUAGAUGAGAAUGCCCUCAAGCCGGUGACUGAACAAUUCAAUCCAAAAACUGGGGUUCUUAUUAUCGGCAAUCUCACCACCUUUGAAACAGGAUAUUACCAGUGCAUAGCCAGCAAUGUCCUGGGGAACAGUACCUGCGAGCUCGACCUAACUACAAAGCAUUCAGAUGGAGGUAUCGUUGCUGGAGCAUUAAUUGGAGCAAUUGUGGCAGGUGUUAUCAUUUGCGUUAUCGUCUGGGUCUUAACCAAGAAGGAAAAGAAAAAGAAAAAGAAGGCAUCAAGUAAUGAAAUGCAAGUAAUGACUCAGAAACAACCCAAUGCAGAGUACGUUCAGGUACCUAAUGAAGAAAACAUACCUGCAACCACAGUUCCACCAAGCAACGUGACAAAUGAAUACCCUGCUCUUGAGGAAACAGCAGCCUCUGGGACACCUGAAAACGAUGAGAAGCAAGAAGUGGAAAAAGAGGAAACAGCCUAG